CCACCAGUCGAGUAGCCGCUUCGAAGGGUCAUUAUUCCUCUACACUGCAGCGGUAGUCAGUGUGCGCCGAGUUCGCAACCAAACUUGAAGGAACCGUCAAUGAUUCCUACUCAGCUUUAUCUCCUGCUUUUGUUAAUCGGAGAUUCGCCAAUCCUGUUUGUGAUCUCAACUUUUGGCGCGGCCAGUAAGAAAGAAUGCUUGCCACUUAUUCAACACCCUCAGGCCCUCAAAAAGAGAGCUUAUCCUCAGCGUCUAUUAGAACCAACCACAAAGUGGGAGGUUGAGGCUCAGUCACUUCGAGCAAGUGGCGACUAUGGUUCUCGUGACAAGCAAUUAUAUAAAAAGAUUCAAAAUUACAAGAUACGAAUCCCUAGCGAAAAUAUUCAAGAUGAGCGACUGAAAGUAGAACAACAUCAAAAUCUUCGACUGAUUUAUGACACCCUUGCUUUACUAGAACUGAAGGAGCGCUUCACACCUCCGAAUGUUGAAAUUUUGAAUCGGAAUCUCAAAAUAUUAGCAUCAGGUCCAAAGAUUUCGAACCUUGUCGUCAAAGGUGUUAAAGGUGGUGCAUCAAGUUUUGAAAUGAAUUUGUUUGAUUUUCUAUCAAAAUCCUUUAGAGAAGACAAAUUACAAUUGUGGUGUCAGCUUUAUGAUUCUUGGCACUCACUGAAUACGAAUUUUUUGAAUGAAGUCAGCAUAAUCCUCAAAACGCAAGAUCUGAUGAAGGCUUCGGACAAAUUAAUGGUGAAAGCUCGGAUUGCAAACUCAAUUUCAAAGAACAAACCGAAACCAAGGUUAUCGGAUGUUGAUGUACAGACCGGGACGGUGCAUCAAGAUUCAUCAUAUCUGUACACAAGAGUCAAUCAAAUCUCUCCUGGAAUUUGGAAAUUUUGCUUACCAAUGAAAAAUGGACAAUUCGAUGUCAAUUUUUUAACAAGCAACCCGAUCGCUCGCUUGAGUUGGUUUUUGGAUGACUUGGAUCCAGGUGAAAUGACUGUAUAUGCCCAAGCUCUUCAAAAAAUCCAACCCCCCUCUCUGCCAGAAUUGAUGAAAAGGCAGCUUAUACUCGAGCAAGAUCAUCAUACCGAACCGAGCAAAAAAUUUGCACAACCCAGCUGGUUUGUACAACACAUGGGUUGGGAUCAUUUUCAAAGAAUUAUGUUGGAAUUUGAGAAAUUCCCACUUGGAAAUAAUGGCAAGCUUAAGCUAAGAGUCUCUUCGCAACGCGGGGAUAAAACCAGAUCGAGUGGAACAAUUUCAUCCAAAUUUUUGAGAAGUGCCUCGGAGAAAGAGUGGAACGACUUUUCGAAGAAAAAGUUGAACGAUGUUUGCAAGAAGGAACUGAACGAGCUUUUGGAGAAAAACAUGCUUCUCGCCAUUGCCCCGGAUGUCGACAUUUCGUUGAGCAUGAUGCAGUGGCUCAGAAACUUGUGCGUACUUCAUUUGGUAGAACCAUACAAAAGUUUCCAUAAUUGCUGA